AUGUCGUUAAUCAGUAACUGGCUUUGGGGGACCUCCCAACUCGAUGAAGCCAUUGACAAGGCCACGUCCGAACUACUGCCCGCAGGCUCAGAAGAUAUUGCUUUAAAUCUCGAAAUAUGUGACCAAAUUCGAUCCAAAUCUGUGCCAGCGAAGGAUGCUAUGCGAGCUUUGAAGCGUCGUUUGGACCACAAAAAUCCGAAUGUUCAGUUAUUGACGUUGGCGUUGACUGAUAUAUGUGUCAAGAAUGGCGGUGAUCAAUUCCUGACUGAAGUAGGAUCGAGAGAAUUUAUCGAUAAUCUGGUUUCAAUCCUUCGAAUGGAAUCUCUGAACUUGGAUGUUAAGAAUAUGAUACUGCGACUUCUGCAAAAUUGGAGCGUCGCUUUCGAAGGGAAACCAUCACUCGGAUAUGUUGCACAAGUAUGUAGAAAUAUCCAGAACGAAGGUUUCAAAUUCCCUCCCAAAGACCUUACUGCAGCAAGCUCGGCUAUGGUAGAUACCCAAACAGCGCCAGAAUGGAUCGACUCAGAUGUCUGUCUACGCUGCCGGACUGCGUUCUCAUUCACAAACAGAAAGCAUCACUGUCGUAACUGCGGACAAGUUUUCGACCAAGCCUGUUCUUCAAAAACAAUGCCUCUACCUCACUUUGGGAUUACUCAAGAAGUGCGUGUGUGUGAUACCUGCUACAAUAAAAUGGCCAAACGAGCGGAAAAGAGUGACAAGGGUCACCGUCACUCCGUCAGCAUGCAUAGUGGGCGUCAUAGUCGUGCUCGUGAUCUUGCCGAUGCUGAGUUGCAAAGGGCCAUACAACUUUCUCUCCAGGAAGUUGGAGUUGCCAACGGACACGCUCGACCUGGUUACGUCCCUUCACAGCCCACUUACCAGUAUUCCGAACCUCCCAUUGUUGAUCGUACAACCCAUCCAACUACUACGUCUGAGGAAGAGGAGGAUCCUGAUCUCAAAGCUGCCAUUGAAGCCAGCCUGCGCGAAGCUAAUGCUCCCAGGCCUAGUGCACCGAUUGUCGUUGAGACGCCACGAUCCGAAUACCCCGUAUAUGAUGGUCCUGGUUAUUCUCAGUCAUAUCCACCGGGGGUAGUUCCGCCGCAUCCCGUACUUCCGAAUAUCCCAAAUUAUGAUUUGGAGCCACUAGAGACAGAUGCGAUUUUGACCUUCAGUCAAACAGUCGAGCAAGUCCAAGCACAGGGCGGGCGUGAUAUGUCUCGUUAUCCUGCAGUGAACGAAUUAUAUGACAAGGCCAAUAGUUUGCGUCCCAAACUAGCGAUGAGUGUGGAUGACACGGGGAGGAAAGAACAAAUGCUUUCCGAGAUGCAUGAGCAGCUAUCCCAAGCAGUGAGGCUCUACGACCAACUUUUAACCCAACAAGUCGCACAUCCGCGUUGGAGAUCUUCAGAAACUUCUCCCGGGAUGUACCAAAACCCCGGCAUGAGUUAUGCUCCACCAACAAACGGUUACACGCAAUGGGCCUCUCCCAAUGGUUAUCAAGUCCCAUCUUCGCAGCCUCAACCUCAGCCAUCUUAUGUUCCUCCGCCAGAAAUCAAUAAUACACCUACCCAACAAUCACAGACGCAGUGGUAUGCUCAGCAACCGACUUCGCCUCAGAUUCAACAGGUCCAACAGAUAUCGUCAGCCUCAUACCCUCAGACAUCAUAUCAGGCAUCGUCACCGACACCUGUACCUUAUGUUCCUCAGGCUCCUCCAUCACAACAGUAUACCUCAUCUACCCCAGUCCAACAAUACUCGACUCUCCCCCAACAACAACAACAACAACAACAACCACAACCACUACAAUACACCCCUACUCCUACUCCUCCCGUCCAGUCUUCAUCCUACUUCGCGCCCUCUUCGCCCACGCCUGUGCCUCAUACGCCGCAGGCUUCUCUACAGCAACAAUACUCCUCUCCUACUCCAGUUCAACAUUACUCGGCCCUCCCACAACAACAACAACGACAACAAUAUGCCACACCUGCUGCAGUACCCGCCCAAUCUCCGUCUCAAUUCACGCCCGCCUCGUCUUCACUUUCGCGUCAAAAUACCAUCUCUUACGCGCCUUCCGCUACCCCUCGGCCUUCUGCGUCGUCAUCGCUGGCCCGAAGCAACACUGUGGCACAUCCGUCUCACGCGCAACCUCAACAGUACCCGUAUCAGAAUCAGUAUCAAACUUCUUCAGCUCCCGCGACCCAUCCCAGUGUUACUUCUCUAGCUCAAUUCCCUGUAGCGCCAACCUCUGCACCACAGGCGUUCCCAUUAUACGGACCGACGCCCUCGUUACCAAGUGGAGUAGCGCAGACGGAAGAACGCAAAGAAGCGUUGUUGAUUGAUUUGUAG